AUGCUGAAAGCCAUCACCUCCGCAAACGCACCGUUCCCUAUCAUCUCACUUUCCAGAUCCAGGUCAAACCACCGUCCAAUCAGAUGCUCCGCUCAAUCUCUCCCUCUAGUUGACAAUGCAGCCAAGUUUCUCGAAGCUUCCAAGAACGGAAACGUCAUUCCGUUAUACCGUUGCAUAUUCUCCGAUCAUCUCACUCCGGUUCUUGCUUACCGCUGUUUGGUAAAGGAAGAUGAAAGAGAUGCUCCUAGUUUUCUCUUUGAAUCAGCCGAGCCUGGUCUUCACAUUUCUACUACCGGAAGGUAUAGUGUGGUUGGAGCUCAGCCGUGUAUGGAAAUUGUGGCGAAAAAGAAUAGGGUUACUAUAAUUGACCAUGAGGAAGGGUUAAUGACAGAGGAAGAAGAGGAUGGGCUGGAUCCUUUGGUGAUUCCGCGGAGGAUUAUGGAGAAGUGGAAGCCUCAACUCAUUGAUGAUCUUCCUGAAGCAUUUUGUGGUGGUUGGGUGGGUUAUUUCUCGUAUGAUACAAUGCGCUAUGUAGAAAAGAAGAAACUUCCAUUUGAAAAUGCUCCCAUAGAUGACAGAAACCUUCCUGAUAUUCAUCUGGGCCUUUAUGAUAAUGUCAUUGUGUUUGACCAUGUCGAAAAGAAAGCAUUUGUGAUUCAUUGGGUUCGGUUAGAUCAAUAUUCUUCUGCUGAAAAAGCCCUUAAUGAUGGAAUGGACAGGCUGGAAACUCUGGUAUCUAGGGUGCAUGAUAUAAUUGCCCCAAGGCUGCCUGCAGGUUCAAUAAAGUUAAUCACUAGCCUCUUUGGUCCUAAACUGGAACUGUCAAACAUGACAAAUGAGGAAUACAAGAAGGCAGUAUUGGAGGCCAAGGAGCACAUAUUGGCUGGUGAUAUUUUUCAAAUUGUGCUAAGUCAGCGGUUUGAGCGCCGAACUUUUGCAGACCCUUUUGAAGUCUACAGGGCACUGAGAAUUGUUAAUCCUAGUCCAUAUAUGACAUAUUUACAGGCCAGAGGGAGUAUUUUGGUUGCUUCAAGUCCAGAAAUUCUUACACGGGUGAAGAAGAGAAAAAUCACCAAUCGGCCUCUUGCUGGGACUGUUAGAAGAGGGAAAACACCAAAAGAAGAUCUCAUGUUAGAGAAAGAACUUUUGAAUGAUGAAAAACAAUGUGCAGAGCACGUAAUGCUAGUUGAUUUGGGGAGAAAUGAUGUUGGAAAGGUCUCCAAACCCGGUUCUGUCCAAGUUGAAAAUUUUAUGAACAUUGAGCGCUAUUCCCAUGUUAUGCACCUAAGUUCUACAGUCACUGGGGAGUUAUUAGAUGGCUUAACAAGCUGGGAUGCUUUGUGGGCGGCGUUACCCGUUGGUACAGUUAGCGGAGCACCAAAGGUUAAAGCCAUGGAGUUGAUUGAUCAGUUGGAAGUGACAAGCCGUGGGCCAUACAGUGGCGGAUUUGGAGGCAUAUCAUUUUCUGGUGAUAUGGACAUUGCCCUUGCUCUGCGGACCAUAGUUUUCCCUACUAAUACUCAUUUUGACACAAUGUACUCCUACAAGGAUGUGAAUAAACGCAGAGAAUGGAUUGCCCAUCUACAGGCAGGAGCAGGAAUUGUGGCUGACAGUGAUCCAGCUGAUGAGCAGAGAGAAUGCGAGAACAAAGCUGCAGCACUUGCACGUGCCAUUGAUCUUGCAGAAUCUUCAUUUGUUAACAAAUGA